GAGAGAGCUGCAGUGAAAGAAAGAAAAGAAAGAAAGAAAAGAAAGAAAGAAGAAAGAAAGAAAGAAAGAAAAGAAAGUGGCCGUGAAGAGGAUCUGAUCGACGCCUUGGAAGUUGAGGAUUAUCUGAAACUGCGACAAAAACAAAAGACUCAAUUAAGUAAUCUAUCGUCCCUUGUCUUCUGAGACUGGACUGUCCCCCUUCACUGCUCACACUUCCUUUUGGACUGUAGGGAGGGAGGAGGAGGAGGGCGGCUUGUCCAUCAUGAACGUCACCUCGCUCUUCUCCUUCACUGGCCCAGCGGUCAAACAGCUGCUGGGUUGGAAGCAGGGAGACGAGGAAGAGAAAUGGGCAGAAAAGGCGGUGGAAGCUCUGGUCAAGAAACUGAAGAAGAAGAAGGGAGCCAUGGAGGAGCUGGAGAGGGCCCUCAGCAGCCCGGGUCAGCCCAGCAACUGUGUGACAAUCCCCCGCUCCCUGGACGGACGGCUGCAGGUGUCCCACAGGAAAGGUCUGCCGCAUGUCAUCUACUGCCGGGUGUGGCGCUGGCCCGACCUGCAGUCCCACCACGAGCUGAAGGCCCUGGAGUGCUGCGAGUACCCGUUCGGAUCCAAACAGAAAGACGUGUGCAUCAACCCCUACCACUACAAACGAGUGGACAGUCCAGUGCUGCCGCCUGUGUUGGUCCCGAGGAACAGCGAGUUCAACGCCAAGCAUACGAUGCUGCCUCGCUUCCGCAAUCCUCUCCAGCAGAACGAGCCGCACAUGCCCCAGAAUGCCACCUUCCCAGAGUCCUUUGUUCAGGCCAACACCAUGACUUUCCCGCAAUCGCCGGCAAACAGCUACCCCAACUCCCCGGGGAGCGGCAGCAGCAACACCUUCCCCCAUUCACCAUCCAGCUCCGACCCCGGCAGUCCGUUCCAGAUGCCAGAGACUCCGCCUCCGGCCUACAUGCCCCCAGAGGAGCAGAUGACUCAGGACUGUCCCCAGCCUAUGGACACCAACCUCUUGGCUCCACCCUUGCCCGUAGAGAGUAACAACCGGCCAGAUGUGCAGCCCGUGGCCUACGAGGAACCCAAGCACUGGUGCUCCAUUGUUUACUACGAGCUCAACAACCGUGUCGGGGAGGCGUUCCAGGCUUCCUCCACCAGCGUGCUCGUCGACGGCUUCACAGAUCCCUCCAACAACUGCAACCGAUUCUGCCUCGGCUUGCUGUCCAACGUCAACCGCAACUCCACCAUCGAGAACACCCGGCGGCACAUCGGCAAAGGUGUCCAUCUAUAUUACGUGGGUGGGGAGGUGUACGCAGAGUGUCUGAGCGACAGCAGUAUCUUCGUCCAGAGUCGUAACUGUAAUUUCCACCACGGCUUCCAUCCCACGACUGUGUGCAAGAUUCCCAGCGGCUGCAGCCUGAAGAUUUUCAACAACCAGGAGUUUGCCGAGCUGCUGGCCCAGUCCGUCAACCACGGCUUCGAGGCCGUUUAUGAGCUCACAAAGAUGUGCACCAUCCGCAUGAGCUUCGUGAAGGGCUGGGGAGCAGAGUACCACCGGCAGGACGUGACCAGCACCCCCUGCUGGAUUGAGAUUCACCUGCACGGUCCCCUGCAGUGGUUGGACAAGGUUCUAACCCAGAUGGGCUCCCCCCACAACGAUAUAUCCUCCGUCUCCUAGGCUCCUCUGUCCUCGGCCCUGUGGCUGUCUGCACCCCAGCAUUUUUGUCUCAGUAGCAAGAAAAGGGGCAAGCUGGUCCCAGACUGGUUUGUUUUUCAGUCAACAAGCGAUGGAGGUUUAGACUAAAACACGGGCUGAUCUGGGACCUGCCGAGUUGGACGGGUUGUUAAAUGAGUUGGUUUGUUCUCUACUUGAAGGACGUCUGAAUUGGGCACAUUUACAGACUGGGAGAGUAAAGUGAGCGUGAUGCAACUGGAAGAUACUUGAUCUUUGUGACCAACUGUAAUAAUUAGACCAUCACACUCAUCAUGGCGCAGGUAUCGUCCCCGAUUCUUGCUUCCACACGUCUCUUUUUAAUUGUUCCAUUAUUCUGAAUCAUAACUAGUUUGCAUCUAAAUAUUCCCCUCGGAAAAAAACUAAAAACAGAUACAUGUGUGUAGUUUAAAUAUAUAUGGGACAUUCCAGGUCACCGAAAUUUGCAGUGGGCUGUUAUUUCCUGUCUGACUGCAACGAGGUUGACGGGAAAUGUACUUACAACAUGUACACAGUUUGCUUGGAGGAGAUGCAGUAUGACAAACAAAUUUAAAUCAUCUCCAGACACAAGAAUACUGUUUCCUCAAAGUCUUCUCACAUAAAAUAAAUUAAAUCCCGUAUCACAAACCAUGUAAAAUAGUAGGAGGGCAAAUUUAAAGGGAGAUUGAGA